CUACCCAGCAUGCACCUUGCUCUUGUUGUGAUCUGGAGGGAGCAGGCGUCCUGCGAGUUGGAGAAUAUUCCAAAUUUAAGUUUGUUUCCUCGGGAGUUGCUUUGUGAACAGUUCUUCUGAGCAGGCGGAGAGGAGCCGGGAGUGAAGAUGGCGCAGUACAAAGGCGCCGCCAGCGAGGCGGGCAGGGCCAUGCAGCUGAUGAAGAAGCGAGAGAAGGAGCGAGAGCAGCUCGAGCAGCUCAAACAGAAGAUCGCAGAGGACAACAUGGUCAAGUCCAACAUUGACAAGAAGUUCUCGGCUCACUACGACGCUGUGGAGGCAGAGCUGAAGUCCAGCACCGUGGGUCUGGUGACUCUGAACGACAUGAAGGCCAAGCAGGAGGCGCUGGUGAAGGAGAGGGAGAAGCAGCUGGCCAAGAAGGAGCAGUCCAAGGAGCUCCAGCUUAAGCUCGAGAAGCAGAAAGAGAAGAAGAGAAAGGAGGAACAGAAGAGAAAAAUCGCCUGCUUGUCCUUCAAUACUGAAGAGGACGAGGAGGAGGAGGAGAACGAGGAGGAAGAGCAGGACUAUUCUUCUGUUAAAAAGAAAAGACUAGGGAAGAAUCCUUUCGUGGACACGAGUUUCCUUCCCGAUCGAGACCGAGAGGAGGAGGAGAACCGCAUGAGGGAGGAGCUCCGGCAGGAGUGGGAGCUCAAGCAGGAGAAGAUCAAGAGUGAGGAGAUCGAGAUCACCUUCAGCUACUGGGACGGUUCUGGACAUCGUAAAACUGUCAAGAUGAAGAAGGGUAACACCAUCCAGAACUUCCUGCAGAAGGCCCUGGAGGUCCUCAGGAAGGACUUCAGUGAGCUCAGGUCUGCAGGAGUGGAGCAGCUCAUGUACAUCAAAGAAGAUCUGAUCAUCCCACACCACCACAGUUUUUAUGAUUUCAUCGUCACCAAAGCCAGAGGCAAAUCUGGGCCUCUGUUCAGCUUCGACGUCCACGACGACAUCCGGCUGGUGAACGACGCCACGGUGGAGAAGGACGAGUCUCACGCGGGUAAGGUGGUGCUGAGGAGCUGGUACGAGAAGAACAAGCACAUCUUCCCCGCCAGCCGCUGGGAGCCCUACGACCCCGAGAAGAAGUGGGACAAAUACACGAUCCGAUGAGAACGCCAGCAUCUCCGGGCUCUGGGAUCUUGGACGCGAACGAGGCGUUGUUGGUUUCCAUCUCAUUUUACCAGCGAUUCUGUUCAUUUUUUUCUGAUCGCCGCUGUUUGGCCCGAUGUUUCUGCCUCCUGUGUAAAUGACCAGUCGUUCUUUGUACAUAGCUCGUAUCUCCUGAACCCGUCAGUCUCUGCUUAAUAAAGUCACCUCACCUCUGA